UCCUUUCUUUCAUAACUCCCUACCAUUCCCUUUCAUAGAAGCCACACAAUGAAAAUUGAUAAGUUGUUGGCGACGAAAAGUUAUCGAAAAACAAGUAGCAAGCCAGCGCCAUGAAGCUAUUUAUAGCAGUCGUGUUGCUUUUCGGCGUAUCUCCUGCACAGCAGUGUCUAGUAGGUUGGACACAACGACCAAAUACAAAUUUCUGCUACCUCUAUAAAGCAACACCCAAAUCGUACAGUGCUGCAAUGGAUGACUGUACCUCUUAUAACGGUGUAAUAUCUAACGUUGGGGAUCAAGCCGAACAAGACUUUAUAGCAGGUCUGAUAACUUCACAAACAAGCGAUGUAUGGAUCGGUUUUUCUGAUGGUUCAAGGCAUGAGGGAAUUUGGAUUUGGCUCUACGAACCCUGUAAAACAUAUUUAAAUUGGGAUGCAGGACAACCAAGCUAUGGGAACGGUGGCAAAGACUGUGCGGUUAUGAAAAGUUCCCAAGCUUCAUCUCACCGCUGGGACGAUAGAGCUUGCACCAAUUUAAAUGCUUAUGUUUGCAAGACAAAUCUAGAUGGUACCUCGAUGUUUGAUUUAGCAAGCUUCAAUAUGGAAUGCUACAUCAACUGCCUUACAAAGUUCCCUGCUGGCACAUGUAUUGGUAUAGAAUACCGGAAUAACACAUGCAUAUAUGAAAUAAUAACCUAUGACCAUACAUCAAAUGGUGUUAACACGUCAUACAUUGCAUGCACGACAGAACUACCCCCACAACCCACCACUGAUGCACCAUCGACUACAACCACGACCGACGCGACAACUGUUGCUGCGGCUCACCCAACAACUGCUGCUGCUGCUCCACCAACAACUGCUGCUGCUGCUCCACCAACAACUGCUGCUGCGGUUCCACCAACAACUGCUGCUGCGGCCCCAGCAACAACAAGGCCUCAAGGCGGAAAGAAGAAUUGCAAGAAACGACAGUGAUUGAGUUCUUACGCCGACUCUUCCUUAAUUGGAGAGCUGAUCUCAUUGGUCAAGCCACCGAGGAAGUGUGUCGGCUUCAAGUUUACUGCAGUUUUUAG